CGGGGGAAACGCAGGAGCAUCCGGCUCUUUUGGGGAAUUGGGGCUGUUUUGAAGGCUUGCCUGUAGCCUUGCUCAGAGGCACUGCACGAGGCCCAGCAGCACGGAGCCAGCCUGGCCAGUGCAGGGGGGCACCGAGCAGGCCACAAAAUCUGUCACAGACAGGAGCCACUGGCCACAACAGCAAAUGAGGGAGUCUUCCUCUCCCUGCAGGUCAGAGGGAGCACUGGAUGUGCUCAGCAGCGUUCGAUGCUCCUGGAAGGUGGAGGUGGAGAUUGGAACAGCCUGGGAAGGGACUGGCUGCAGCAGGGGAAGGCUGGACACUACAGUGCUCAGUGUGACACGGAGCUGUGGCAGGCCUGCUCAAUGCAGGUCAGAGGCUCUGGCCCCUCUGGUUGGAAGCACAGGUCACCUCAGGGGGGCUGGAGUCAUGAGGGGCUGUGCUCAGCAGUGCCUCUGGAAUUGAGAAUCUCUCUUUGGUUCCCUUGUGGUUCACAUGCCGCUUCCCAAGGAGCACGGAGAAACCCACCUCUGCCUUUAGUGUGCUUUGAGUAAGCCCAGCUCAGAUCUGGUUCAUUUUCUAGUGAGCGAAUUUAUUUUUCUUCACAGGCUGCAUAACCCAGGAGUAGGUUCUAAGUUAGCUAGUUGGAUAGCUGGUCACUGGUGCUUUGGUCCUGUAAACUUGUGGGGCAGUGAGUAGGGGAUGCUGGGUUCAGGUGGCAGUGCUGGCUGCUGGUACAUGCCAGGAUCAUUUUCUACAAUCUGCAGUUGAGUACGUUUUGUAAUUCCUGAGCCAGAGAUGCUCACCUGCCUCUCCUAUCAUGUGUUUGGUUUUUUUAGUUUUGCAUUUCUUUCUUGUUGUCUCUUAUAAUUCAAGGGAAAACAUGCACUGCCUUUGGAGUGACUUUGUCUUUGUGUCAGAUUUGUCUGCCCAUGGUGUCGUUUUGCAGGUGCCAGCUGACAGAUGCUGCUGGCAGUGAUGAAUCUGCUGUACUUCUUCAUCCUGCUGGCUGUGUACAGGCCUGCACAUGCCACCUGGGACACCUGCCGAGGGACCUGUGGGCAACGGCCCAUGGCUUCUGACUACGACUCCAUAGCUGCUGACUACAGAAUCAUGGCUGGCACAGGUGCCCAGCCGGGUGCCUGGCCCUGGAUUGUCAGCAUCCAGGAUCCCAGGAAAAUAGGCACUGGCCAUACGUGUGGAGGGUCCCUCAUCAGCCCACAGUGGGUCCUCACAGCAGCCCACUGCUUCCUCCAGGCCAGGAAUGUCACCAUGUGGCGUGUGCUGAUUGGAGCCACCCAGCUGACCCAUCUGGGCCCCGAGGCCCAGGUGCGCCACGUCAAGCGGCUCCUGGCUCACCAGCACUACACGGCUGAUUCGCAGCAGAACGACAUUGCCUUGCUGGAGCUGGACGAACCUGUGGAGUGCAGUGACUACAUCCAGCUUGCCUGUGUGCCCAAUGCCUCCCUCACAGUGUCAGAGCUAAAAACCUGUUAUGUUGCUGGCUGGGGUUCUGCCAGUGCUAAAGCCCAGCGUGUGAGUGAUGUCCUGCAGGAAGCCAAGGUCCGUCUCCUGGAUGUCCAUCUCGUUAACAGCAGCCGCUGGUAUGCUGGGGCCAUCCACACCCACAACCUGUGUGCUGGCUACCCACGGGGUGGCAUGGAUACCUGCCAGGGUGACAGUGGAGGGCCUCUGGUCUGCAAAGAUAACAGUGACAGCCACUUCUGGCUUGUUGGAGUGACCAGCUGGGGAAAAGGCUGUGCCAGAGCAAAACGGCCAGGAGUCUACACCUCCACUCAGCACUUCUACAACUGGAUUCUGGUCCAGAUGGGCCUGUGCCCAGCUGUAAAAGCCACUCCAGCACCAGAGUCAACCUGCAUCUCAACCCCUUUGGAGCAGCCAGAGCCAACACCAACACACUCAGGCUGCUCUACUCCCACUCCACAUCCACAGACAACUGUAACAGCCACUCCAACGCCACAGCCAACCUUCAGCUCAACUCCCUCUAAGCAGCCAGAGCCAACACCAACAGAGUCAGGCUGCUCUACACCCACUCUUCACCCAACUGUGAAAGCCACACCAGCACCAGAGCCAGCCUUGACCUCAACCCCCUCUGAACAGCCAAUGCCAACGCAAUAUCUCUUGCCUGCUCAACGACCAUACCACAUACUGGUGGAAUUCUUAACUCAGGUGCACCAGAUGCUGCAGGAACUCAUGGGAAAAAAGCCAUGAGCAGCAGGAUGAACAGGAUCCAGAGCAGGCUGCAAUGAACAGUGACCAUUUCAUAGUGGGGCAGUGCCUGCUGAUCCAAAGGCAAUCUCAGGGUCAAAGGUGUCCUUUGUCCUGCCCAUUGUCCUCCUCUGCAUGAACACAAAUGCUGAAAUUGAUUUAGUUGUGGAAAUAAAGUUGCCUAUUAACUAA